GUACAUUGCAAAUGCUCCAAGUACAGUGUUACAAAGUCAAAUUUGAGAAUGUGAAAUGAAAGAAUCCAAUAAAGGGUUUUUAAUUUUCACAAGAAAAAAGCAGUCAGAUUUAACAUGCUCGGUGAAGCUUUAAAGAGGAGCAAAAAUGAAAAAGAACAACAAAUAUCCAACUACCAAAAAUUAUAUCAAGUGCAGUAUUUUUCAAGGUUCAUUUCGCUCUCCUACAAAGGUUCACCACUCUUCCACUCAGUGAUUGACUGCUGUUAAAUCUUUUUCUUCAUUACCAAUUUACUAUAUUUUCUCACUCCCAUUCCCCGUAAUUCACUAAAAUGCCCCUCUUCUCUCACCGCUCCUCCGCCUCCAGCGGUUCCGCGGGAUCCGCUCCGCUCCCUUCCUUCUACUCCGCCAAACCCGUCAAGCCCUCAAAGCCCUUUUCCGCCUUUUCCUCAACUCGAAUUCCUUGGCCCAUUCUCGUCUUUUCACUCCUCUGCCUCCUCAUCGGUCUCGCCGGCACCCUCUUCGCCCUCUCCGCCAUCCGCCGCAACCAACCCUUGCCCAUCUUCCGUUGCGGUACAUCCGAGGACACUUUCCGUACCUUUUACUCUUCCUCGGAUUCCGGGAAGUUCGGCGGUGACAGUUACAAAGGCUUGGUUGAUCGCCCCAAGCUUCUCGGGUUCGUCGGCAUCCAAACCGGAUUCGAAUCAGGUGAACGCCGGUCCGCCCUUCGUAGCACCUGGUUUCCUUCCGACCCAGACGGCCUUUUGAGGCUGGAGCAAGCUACCGGUCUAGGUUUUAGAUUUGUGAUAGGGAAAUCAAAAGAUGUGAAGAAAAUGGCAAUGCUGGAGAAAGAGAUUGAAAAGUACAGAGAUUUCAUGCUCAUUGAUGUUGAAGAAGAAUAUCUUAAGCUCCCUUACAAAACAUUGGCAUUCUUCAAAGCAGCUUUUAAGCUUUUUGAAGCAGAUUAUUAUGUCAAAGCUGAUGAUGACAUUUAUUUGCGUCCAGAUCGUCUUGCGACUCUUCUAGCUAAGGAACGAAGCUAUUCAAUGACUUACAUUGGGUGCAUGAAGAAGGGACCGGUGAUCACUGAUCCUAAACUGAAAUGGUAUGAGAAAUCAGGACAUCUGAUUGGAAAUGAGUAUUUCUUGCAUGCUUAUGGUCCUAUCUAUGUUCUCUCUGCAGAGGUGGUGGUUUCAUUGGCAGCUGCUAGGAAUGACAGUUUGAGGAUGUUCAACAAUGAGGAUGUCACUAUUGGAUCAUGGAUGCUAGCUAUGAACGUGCAUCAUGAAGAUAACAGAGCAAUAUGUGAUCCUAGAUGUACUCCUACAUCAAUAGCAGUCUGGGAUAUUCCAAGAUGCUCAGGUUUAUGCAAUCCAGCCAGCAAACUUAAGGAGCUUCACAAGAUCGGAAUGUGCUCCAAGAGCCCAACAUUGCCACCUGAUGACAUAUAAUUCCUCUUUGGCUUGAUUUUAGCCAGGACCUCGAUUGUGCAAGGUAGGUUAGUUUCUUAAAACAACCUCCGAAUGCGAUAAAUGUUGUGUUCUUAUUGUUUAACCAGUUAAAUCAUUCUAUAUUCUUUUGCCACGUGCCGCCAUGAAGCUACCGGAAAUUAGAAAAAGAAAACUCCAUAAUGAAAUUUACAUCAUAGGUCUUAUUGGACAAUAUGUAAGAUUGCUGUGCUAUAAAAGUAUUAGGGGAAAAAAAGGUGGUGGUUAUGCAGGAGUAGUUAGCCAUUUGAAGAGAUUAGAUAAAGAUUGUAGUGUUUGUAUUCAUUUGAUCAAUAUAGGGUUUCUUUGAGGGACAAUUAUCAUCCCAAAAUAUAUAUGUAUUUGUAUUUUGUAUUGUAA